CUUUGUGGUUUGCAUGUAUCUCUCUGGUUCUCUCUUUUCCUCUAUAGCUUUCUUCUUCUCUUCUUCUGAACGGCGGCGGAAACUCUGGGCAAAUUCAUCCCUGCAGUUUCUCCUUCCUUAAACAGAAAAGAAAAGAAAAGAGGAACAGAAAACCCAAUCGAAGCUCUCUAUCUCUCUUGCUUGAUAUUUCUGCAACUUUCUUCAAACCUCCUCUUCUCUUUGAUAGUGCAGAAAAUCAGAGAAGUGCACUCUCUUCCCUUAACUCUUCAUCACACUGAACCUAAAGAGAACGCAGGAAAAUCACUCUCUUCCCUUCCCUUUGUGUAUUACGGACAGGCAGAAAAACAGAGCAUAAAACUCUGAUUUUUCCUCCCUGUUAUCUCUCGGUGGAUGCCCAUAAACAAGAGACCAAACUCAGAAAAAUUACCCAAGCUCUCCCCUCUUCUCUCGGUCCUGCAGGGAUCCUCUCCUUUUUGUAGGAAUUCUCAUAUCUAACUAGGAAUUUAUGAAUUAUUGAUUCUUGCUGUUGGUAUGAAUACCUUUGGUGGUUGUUGUCAUUUUUGCUGGUCACUAUGAGUCCUUCAAGUUUCCAGUUACCAUCAGAUUGAAUUGAGAGCGUUGGUCUCUCUUUCUCUCCAUCUCAUUUCAUUCUUUCGCCCUCAUCGGUCAUCACAAAUACUCCAUGGACGAGGAAGGCUUCGUAGUGGUGGGGAAGCGAGGAAAAUUGAGGAGAUCGAUGUCAUUUGAUGGGCUAUCUCUUUUUUCUCGAAAAAUAGAAGACUUGUUAUAUUCUCAUCGUUCUGCAAGAAUUUUGAAUCGUCCUUGCGAUAUAGUCGUUAAUAUGCCUAUUAUGCCUCCGAGGGAAGACGGCGCAUAUCGAGAUGUUAGGCCGAUUUCGAGAUGGUACCGAUUUCAAGUACCUGCCUUACUUCCUCUCAAGUCUCAGGAAGUAGAAAUCUCUCCAUUUUGGAAGGGUUUUAUUCCAAAAGCCUCCACCUCGGCAGUUCUAGGAUCCGAUUUAUACUAUGUAGGUGGCCUUUACCUCUCCGAUUAUUACUGUUUUCCACCUUCGGUUCCCGAUGUUCUUAAGUUGAACCUUACCUCUCGCACCCCGAAUUUGGUACCAGCGGAUUAUUCUAUGAUUUCCCCGAGAAUAGACCCUCUCACUUUGGUGGUGGAUCAAAAACUCUUUGUUAUGUCCGGAUACCUCCCCUCUCCUUGUUGUCCUUAUAUUCCUACUGCUGGCGCUCGAGAUGGUGAGAUGUAUGACCCGAAGACUAACAAGUGGGAACCUUUGCCUGAGCUUCCAUUUAAAUUGGGUAAAAGGUUUAUCUAUGCAACUCUUGAAAAUCCAAACAGGAUUCUUAUUGCUCAAAUUCUCAAGAAUCAAUGCCCUAUGAUUUAUGAAUAUGCUGCUAUGUUUUACACAUACGAUGUGGAGCAUCGUGUUUGGAGUGGACUCGGGAAGCGCCGAAUACACAAUAAUUGUCCUAUUGGAUGGGAAGGUUGGGGAGAAAUGGCGUUAACUGUUGCCAAUACUAUUUAUUGGGUAACACGUGACGCACAUUUGCUAGCAUACAAUGUAGACAAAGAUAUGUGGAUCGAAGGGAGUCUUAGAGGCUUGGGAAUACCGUUUUUGGAAAGUGAUGAGCUCCUCUUUCUUCCUGGGUUCGUCCAUUUAGAUGGCCAGCUCUUCGGCCUUCUGCAAUCAAAUGAUGAUGAAGCAUUUCAGUUGGUCAUAAUUGAUACACUGAUUCUCGGGAGCUCUUUACAAAUUUUUGUUGUUGCCGUCCAUAGAUAUAAGACGGAGGACCCCACUAUAGUAACAGAGUGCUUUUCAUUUGACGCAUCAAGUGGUCCAAUAUCAGCGACUGACGACUCUACAUGAAUGGUACCUAGAAUAUUACAUUCUUCCACUCGCCUUAAAGAUGUUAUUAACAAAGAUAUUGUGUGGCAGAUGCGUCGGGUUUGACUCGCUAAUUAAGGAUUUACACGGUUCAAUAGUUAAGUUUGAA